UUACUUGUCCACAUGAAUAAUUUUUCUGUGAUGUUAUUUAAAUUUUGGCCCAUAUAUAUCCCCCUCAUCUCUCUCUUGGCAUUGAACGCAAACAUCAACGUAUUUGCCUUAGGAGAUGAGACUGAUCACCUGUCAUUGCUGAAAUUCAAGGAAUCCAUAUCUACUGAUCCAUAUGGAAUGUUGCUCUCUUGGAACACUUCUACUCACUUCUGUAAUUGGCACGGAAUCACAUGCAAUCUCACGCUUCAAAGAGUUACAGGCUUGAACUUGCAUGGAUACAAGUUGAAGGGAUCCAUAUCUCCUUAUGUAGGCAAUCUCUCUCAUUUGAGAAUAUUUGACCUUGGAAACAACAGCUUCCAUGGCAAAAUCCCUCCAGAAUUGGGACGCUUGUCACAACUGCGGCUACUCUCUGUUGGAAAUAACUCAUUGGAAGGGAAAAUUCCUACAAACUUGACGGGUUGCACUAGCCUCAAACGCUUAAGGUUGCAUGGGAACAAUCUCAUUGGUGAAAUUCCAAUUCAAAUCGGUUCACUUCGGAAGCUUCAAUAUUUGCUGCUCUAUAACAACUGGUUAACCGGGGGAAUCCCAUCAUUCUUAGGUAAUCUUUUAUCCCUAACUGUUCUCUCUGUGGGUACUAACAACUUAGGGGGAGAUAUUCCACAAGAACUAUGCAAUCUCAAACACUUGUUCUUUUUAUCACUUCCUGUAAGCAACCUCACUGGAACAUUUCCUUCUUGUCUUUAUAAUAUUUCAUCUCUUGUUGCAAUCUCAGCUACAAAAAACCAGCUUAAUGGUUCUCUUCCACCUAACAUGUUUCACACCCUCCCCAAUCUCCAAGUACUAGAACUUAGUGAAAAUAAAUUCUCAGGACCAAUCCCACCCUCCAUCACAAACUCAUCUUUACUUUAUAUAUUUGAUUUGAGUUAUAACCAUUUUGUGGGACAAGUUCCAAGUCUGGGAAAGCUACAACAUGUUUUCCUUUUGUCAUUUUCUUCAAACAAUCUUGGUAACAAUUCAACUUAUGAUUUGGAGUUUCUGAAAACAUUGACAAAUUGUAGUGAGUUGCAUGAGUUAGGUAUAUCCAAUAAUAACUUUGGAGGUCAUUUACCUGAUACCAUGGGAAACUUAUCCACUCAGCUCAGUCAACUAGCUCUUGGGGGUAAUCAAAUAUCAGGAAAAAUCCCUGCAUCAAUAGGAAAUCUAGUUGACUUAACUCUCUUGACUAUGUAUGAUAACCGCAUGGAAGGGAUUAUCCCAACAACUUUUGGGAAGUUUCGAAAAAUGGAAGUGUUAGGCUUAAGGGGAAACAAAUUGUCGGGAGAAAUAGGAGCCUUCAUAGGCAACCUUAGUCAUCUGUUCUAUUUGGAAAUGAGUGCAAAUAUGUUAGAAGGGACUAUUCCUCCAAGCAUAGGAUAUUGCCAGAAGUUACAAUACUUAAGCCUUGCACAAAACAACCUUAAAGGAACAAUACCCUUUGAGGUUUUUCAUCUUUCCUCUCUGACAAUCUACCUGGAUUUGUCAGAAAAUUCAUUGAGUGGCUACAUAUCUAAAGAAGUGGGAAACCUUAAAAACAUUGAUAUUCUAGAUAUGUCUAAGAAUCAUUUGUCUGGAGACAUUCCUGGAACUAUUGCGGAAUGCAUAAUGUUGGAGUACCUGUUUUUGCAAGGUAAUUCUUUAGAUGGAAUCAUACCAUUCUCUUUGGCAUCACUCAAAGGUCUUCGGAGUUUAGACUUGUCACAAAAUCGCUUGUCUGGGUCAAUUCCACAUGUUCUACAAAACAUUUCUUUCUUGGAAUAUUUCAAUGUAUCGUAUAACAUGUUAGAGGGUGAGGUACCAACUGAAGGUGUGUUUCGGAAUGCAAGUGAGGUGGUGGUGACUGGAAAUAGUAAGCUUUGUGGGGGCAUUUCAGAAUUGCAUCUGCCACCAUGCCCUGUCAAAGGUAAGAAACUUGUAAAACACCACAAGUUUAGGCUGAUACCAGUGUUAGUUAGUGUGAUUGUUUUUCUUCUCAUACUGUCAAUUACUCUAACUUUCUACUGGAUGAGGAAAAGGAGUAAGAAAUCAUCUUUGGAUUCUCCAACAAUUGACCAGUUGGCUAAAGUUUCAUACCAGAGCUUACACAAUGCAACAGAUGGUUUCUCAACUACAAACUUGAUAGGGUCUGGAAAUUUUAGCUCUGUCUAUAAAGGCACUCUUGAGUUAGAAGACAAAGUUGUUGCCAUAAAGGUCCUAAACCUUCAAAGAAAAGGAGCUCCAAAGAGUUUCUUUGCUGAAUGCAAUGCGCUUAAAAAUGUUAAACAUCGAAAUCUGGUUCCAAUUUUAACAUGUUGUUCCAGCACAGAUUACAAAGGUCAAGAAUUUAAAGCUCUAAUUUUUGAGUACAUGAAAAAUGGGAGUUUAGAGCAAUGGUUGCAUCCGAGGACACUUGUAACAGAUAAUCCAAGAACAUUGAAGCUCGACCAAAGAUUAAAUAUCAUGAUUGAUGUUGCUUCAGCAUUGCAUUAUCUUCAUCAUGAAUGUGAGCAAUCUAUAAUCCAUUGUGAUUUGAAGCCAAACAAUGUCCUCCUUGAUGAUAACAUGAUCGCCCAUGUGAGUGAUUUUGGCAUAGCAAGACUUCUGUCAACUAUCAACAAUAAGAAAUCAAGUACACUAGGCAUAAAAGGGACGAUUGGUUAUGCUCCUCCAGAGUAUGGAAUGGGUUCAGAGGUGUCUAUGACUGGAGAUGUGUAUAGCUUUGGGAUACUUAUGCUGGAAAUGCUUACUGGAAGGAGACCUACAGAUGAAAUCUUUGAAGAUGGUCAAAAUUUGCAUAACUUAGUAGCAAAUUCAUUCCCUGAAAAUCUAUUACAAAUUUUGGAUCCAUUGCUUGUAGUAAAAGAAGCAGAAAUAAGCACAGAAGAAGAAAUUCAGAAUCUUACUCCAACUACAGAAGAGUGCUUGGUUUCACUGUUCCAUAUUGGACUUGCUUGUGUAGCGGAAUCACCAAAAGAAAGGAUCAGUAUGGUGGAUGUUACUAGAGAGCUGAGUAAAAUCAAAAGAGCCUUUAUUUCUGGUAAAGUAAAUAGAAAAUGAAUUAAUUCGCCACAUAUUACUACAGGGCAAAUGAAAAUAUUCAAUACUCUUGUUUUGCCAGAUUUUAGUUGCAAUUUCCUUUACAACAAUAUUGUUUUUGGCUUUGUUUCUUACCUUAUAAUUUCCUAUAUAGUUAUAGUUUCAUUAUCUUCCAUUUUGUUAUGUAUUCUAAAACUUCAAAAUUUCGAA